AUGAUACACAGUGCAAUUAUUAGUAUCAUAAUACCUCGUUGUGAUAAUUUAAUAUUCCAACAUGUAUCAAAUAGGAGGUUUGACCAUUUUGGAAGUCUUCUCCUAAAUUGUAUUCUGGUGAGAAUUAUUAACAUGAGUUUGUGUGGACUGCGUAAUUAUAUUUUUAUGGUUACCAGCUCGGAUUCCCUAAAGGAAGUGAAAAAAAUUUUAUUCCAAAUUUAUAUCCAUAAGGAUAAUGAAUAUUAUGAUCAAAUGGAUCACAGUGAAAUUGUAAACAAAAUAACGUUGGAGGCACAUGAUUUUGCAAAUAUCAUCCCGUAUUAUAUAAAUCCAUUUAUACGAAAUUUUUUUUCUAUAAUUUUUAAUUUUGCAUAUAUGUUUUACUUGAAUUAUAAAUUGUCUAGAGUCAUUAUGAGUUGCUUUUUCAUUUCUUCCCUCCUUACGAUUAUUUCUACCAAGUUGAAGAAGAGGAGAAUUAAAUCGAUAAACAGGGAGAAGACGAGAAACACUAAAAUAUCGUUGGAGGCCCUGAACAAUAUAAAUGUGAUAAAACUGUUCAGUACUGAACUGUAUGAGUGUAGCAAAUAUUCGCAAUCGUUAAGUGACAUUUUGUGUCUUCAAAUUAAGAAGGAACGUUUUAACCUCGUCCACAUGGUGGUGAGCAAACUAUUUGUUUUGGUAACGUAUGUACUCAUUCUGGUUAAGGGGGGGAGUCUCUUAAGGGGCAACGAAAUUGACAGGAACACCUUCACGUCUUUUUUCUUUUACAUAAAUAAUAUUUACUCGUACAUAGAUAUCCUCGACUACUACAUCGACAUAUGCGACAUUGUGAAUCAGUACCGCCACAUCAUCGGCCUGAUCAAGGAGCGGGCGCAGGAGCGGGCGCAGGAGCAGAUGCGGGGGAAGAAGCAGACGCAGAAGCAGCCUCAGACCCAGACGCAGACAGGGGGGGGGCACGUUUUGCCUUCUGAGAGUAGCCCCCCCGACUGCGAUGAGAGAAGCUCCUCCGACUGCGAUGAGAGUAGCUUCUCCAACUGCGACGAGAGCAGCCCCUCCGACCGCGACAGCUGUCCCCCCCCUAACAACGCAGCUGCGAAGCGAGUCGCUCUACAAUUGGACACCACCGCGGAAAGAAGCGAAUCCGACGUGGUGCUGCACUUCAAGAACGUCUUCUUCAAGUACAAAAAUACAAACAAAUACGUUUUGAAAAAUCUUAAUUUCAAAAUUUUAAAAAACACAAAUAAUAUCAUCGUGGGAAAAAGUGGAGGAGGAAAAUCAACACUACUCAAGCUGAUGCUAAAUUUUUACAAAUGCUCUAAGGGGAAGGUGUAUCUUUAUAACAAGCCAAUUAACCAUUACAGGGGAAGAGAAAUUAUGGACACUGUUUCUUACGUCCAACAGGAUUGGAAGCUACUUAAGGGGACGAUAAAGGAAAAUCUGACCUAUGGAAUCACAGAUGAUUGCACCAAUUUUGACAUGCUGGAUUUGAUUAAUAUUUCCAAGUGUUGUACUUGUCAUGAGUACAUAAGCAGACUGAGGAAGAGGUACGAAACGAUUAUUUCGAAUAGGACUGAAUUGCUAACCUCCUCUCAAAAGCAGAAAAUUUGCAUAGCUAGAGCGCUAGCUAGGAAUCCCAAGAUCCUCCUCUUGGAUGAGUCCACCUCAGCCGUGGACAAGGACAACGAACGAGUCAUUUUCCAAAACAUAAGGCAGAACUCGCUUUUUAAAAACCUAACUAUAAUUCGCAUAACGCAUAAGAAGGCCAACUUAGACUUGGCAGACAAUAUUUUCGUUCUGAAGGGUAAGCCCCUCUGA